AUGAGCUCCAAUUUAUUUAAGCAAAUUCCUUUUGCAAGAGUACCCCUUGUCAGGUACUCUGUUGCUUCCAAAAGAUUCAAUAAGGCCGAAGUUCAACUACUCAAAGAUUUUCCAAGUGUUGGUAAAAAAGGUCAAAUUCUAAAAGUUUCACACUCUUUAAUGAGAAAUAAACUACAUCCUCAUAAUGGUGCUUGCUAUAUAGUUCCUGGUCAAGGUCCAAGAAUACCAAUCUAUAAAGAACCAAAGAAGGUAAUCCGUGUCGCUCCUAAACCAAGUAAAGUGGGAACUCCAAAUGCUCCAGCUCCAAAGAAAAUCUCUAUUGAUAUCGAAGGAUUAUUACUAAACAUUCCAAAAGAUAAUUCAAAAACUUCCAGUAGAAUCCAACCAUCAAAGGCUAGCUACUCAUUAUUCAAUUUAUCUGUCAAUUUAGGUGAUUUGAAAUUUAAAGUUCAAGAAGAAGAUGGUAGCUUGAAGACUCCAAUUGACAAAAGUGCAAUCGCUGCACAAAUAAAGAAAAUGGUAAACAUAAGUGUCCCAGAAAGUGAUAUUACUUUAAAAAUCAAAAGAGAUGUCAUAAGUGAAAUCACAAAGACUGGUGAAUAUAGAUUGGAAAUAGGAACAUCAGAAAAGGCUAUUAAAAAAAUCUUUGUUGACGCUGAAUUAUGA